UUUGCUUUUCAUGCUGUUGAUCUCUUCUGGACGGGCUAUGGGACCUGUGCUCACCAGCUUUGUAAAGAGUCCUGAUCUUGAUUUGAGAGACUUUGUAUCUAGGGUUGAUGUUAAUUCUAAAUAACAGUAUCUUGUUCAUUACACUUCUUAGGUUGAUUGGACUUGACCUCAGUAAUUUUCGGAUUCCCAUAGUCUAUGUAUGGCAACUCAGAGAAUUCCUGCUUGAUGUUGUUCUUGAGUGUGAUAAUUUUAGCUGAAUAUAACGAUAUCCUCGGUAUUGCUUAGGGUUUUCUAUGAGUUCAGAAACUUUAGUAGACAAGUGGUUUCUGAGCUGAACUAUUAUUUUGUCAAUCUGGCAAUGUCUUACUUUAAGAAGCUUUCUGGCAUCAUUACAAGAAUUAUCCAGGAUAAAGGUCAAGAGGCUUUUGAAGAGAAGUCAAGAUGAAUCAGAACGAGAAUUGGACAAUACUUUUUGCCAAAAUAUCUUGGCCAAAACACUUCAUCUUGCUCAGAGUUUGAUGGGAUUAUUCUGAGCUUCUCAGAACAGCCAUUCGAUGAUGAAAGGAGUAUCAUCCCUUUGCUUUUAAAGUUUGGAUUAAUAAUAGUCCUUAUUCUCAUAGAAUGGCUUGUAAUAAGACUUCUACGAAAAGAGUGGCAGAUUUAUAAUAACUGAAAGGACAAUAAUGAAGUGCAAAGAUUGAUAUCGUCUCACAAAACUCGGCCAUCUAGCUCCCUCUCGCCAAAUAUGAACUCAAGAGUAUGUCUUAAUAGAGAUACUUCUUCUAUAUCAAAAGGAGAUAAAUCAGUACCUCCUGUUGAGUUGAAGGAGUACGAGAUUAGAUUUGCUAAUGAUUAUUACCAAAACUCUGAAGGUUCAAACUAACCUUCGAAGUUAUCGCUUCAUCAUGUAGAAGCAUAUCUAUUAUUCUUCUAACUUGUUUAUA